GCGGCUCGGCGCUCGGCCUCGGAGCCGAGGCGGGGGCGGUGAGGACCGGGAUCCCGGACGCCGGCGCGACGCGGAAGGUUUAUGAUAAAGUCCAGUUUUCAACAAUGCUAAAAUCAAAUGACUGCUUGUUUCCUGUGGAUAAUCUGUUUUUCGAAAAAGAUAAAGUUGAAAAGUCUGUCUCUGCAGAAUGCUUUCCAGAUGAUAAAAAAUUGUUGGAUUGGUUUCUCCCCCCUGCUCCAUUGAUUUCAGAAAUUCCAGAUACUCAGAACUUAGAGGAAGAAAUAGAAAGUCAUAAACUGUUAGGUCAGGCAAAGAAGCCAACAUUGUUAACAUCAAAUUUAAAGAUUACCAAUGGAGACACAAAUUAUAUUUUGCCAACACAAAAAUUCAAAUUUACCUCUAAUAAAUAUGAACAAGAUUAUCUAAAUUUAGGACAAAUAGAUAAGACUGACUUAUCACAUGUUUCUGAAAAGCUGACAUAUGGGUCUUAUCAGAUACAUAAAAAUCACAUGGGCAGUGAGAUAGUACCUGAAAUAAAUGUUCCUGAUGAUACAAAAUUAGUUAAUAUUAUAGAAGAUAAAGGAGAAAGCACAUCGGCAUUCCGAAAAAGGUUAUUUAAAAUAUGUGACAAUAUACAUGAAAGUGCUUAUUCUAAUGACAGUGCAAACAUGGAUUCUCACAUUGGCUCAGUGAAAAUUUUCCAAACAGGAAUGAACAAAGGGGAACCGUGGAACUAUAGCAAUAAUAACCAGAAACCUCAGUAUUGUUCAAACAUGUUUAAAGCUAAUGAUGCUUUUCCUGGUUCUGAAAUUGGAGGAGAUACGUUCAAAGUGCCAUCUUUUUCAGUUGGAUCCCAGCUUUAUGAUAGCCAAGGGAUAACCAAAACUGGCUUAGGUUCCUUGAAGGCUGUCACAGAAAUACCGGCAAAAUUUAGAAGUAUUUUCAAAGAAUUUCCAUAUUUCAACUAUAUACAGUCUAAAGCCUUUGAUGAUCUUCUUUACACAGAUAGGAAUUUUGUGAUUUGUGCUCCAACUGGUUCUGGGAAAACUGUAGUGUUUGAACUAGCUAUAACAAGAUUGUUAAUGGAAGUACCAUUGCCAUGGUUGAAUAUUAAAAUUGUUUACAUGGCACCAAUAAAAGCCCUGUGUAGUCAGCGUUUUGAUGACUGGAAAGAGAAAUUUGGACCAAUAGGAUUGAAUUGUAAAGAACUCACUGGAGAUACAGCCAUGGAUGAUUUAUUUGAGAUUCAACAUGCUCAUAUUAUUAUGACAACUCCAGAAAAAUGGGACAGCAUGACUAGGAAAUGGAGAGACAACUCUUUAGUCCAACUAGUUCGACUAAUUCUCAUUGAUGAGGUACAUGUUGUAAAAGAUGAAAAUCGUGGACCAACACUUGAAGUUGUAGUCAGCAGGAUGAAAACCGUACAGUCUUUAUCUCUUCCUUUAGAAAAUACUAGUAAUAGUGUUCCAGUGAGAUUUGUAGCAGUGUCUGCAACAAUUCCAAAUGCUGAGGAUGUAGCAGAAUGGCUUUCAGAUGGUAAAAGACCUGCUGUAUGUCUGAAAAUGGAUGAGAGCCAUAGACCGGUGAAACUUCGGAAAGUAGUCCUGGGAUUUCCCUGCAGUAGUAACCAAACUGAAUUUAAGUUUGAUUUAACCCUCAACUACAAAAUUGCCAGUGUUAUACAAACAUACUCUGAUCAGAAACCUACACUUGUGUUUUGUGCAACAAGGAAAGGUGUGCAACAAGCUGCUUCUGUUCUUGUGAAAGAUGCUAAAUUUAUUAUGACUGUGGAACAGAAACAAAGGUUACAGAAAUAUGCAUAUUCUGUAAGAGAUUCAAAACUCAGAGAUAUCUUAAUAUAUGGUGUUGCUUAUCACCAUGCUGGUAUGGAGCUAUCAGAUAGAAAAGUAGUUGAAGGAGCUUUUACUAUUGGAGAUCUACCAGUUCUUUUUACUACCAGUACUUUAGCUAUGGGAGUAAAUUUGCCUGCUCAUCUAGUAGUUAUAAAAUCUACAAUGCAUUAUGUUGGAGGAAUGUUUGAAGAGUACAGUGAAACAGAUAUUCUCCAGAUGAUUGGGAGAGCAGGUCGACCUCAAUUUGACACUACAGCUACUGCAGUUAUUAUGACUCGGUUAAGUACAAAAGAGAAAUACAUUCAGAUGUUAGCUUGUAGUGACACUGUAGAAAGCAGCUUGCACAGACAUCUUAUCGAACAUUUAAAUGCAGAGAUAGUAUUGCACACCAUCACAGACGUGAAUAUUGCUUUGGAAUGGAUACGGUCAACCUUGCUUUAUAUCAGAGCUUUGAAAAACCCAACUCAUUAUGGUUUUACAUCUGGAUUGAACAAAGAUGGAAUUGAAGCAAAAUUACAAGAAUUGUGUUUGAAGAAUCUGAAUGAUUUAUCAUCCUUGGACUUGAUAAACAUGGAUGGAGAGGUUAAUUUCAAACCAACAGAGGCAGGAAGGUUAAUGGCUUGGUAUUAUAUUACAUUUGAAACAGUGAAGAAAUUUUCCACAAUGAGCGGAGAAGAAACUUUAUCAGAUCUGGUUGCAAUGAUAGCCAGCUGCAAUGAAUUUCUAGAUGUACAAUUAAGGAUAAAUGAAAAGAAAACACUGAAUAUGUUGAACAAAAGUCCAAAUCGGAUGACUAUCAGUCUUAUUCAGGCUCAGCUAGGAUGCAUUCCCAUACAAGAUUUUGCUUUGACACAAGACAUCUCAAAGAUUUUCAGAAGUGGCUCACGAAUCACAAGAUGGUUAUCAGACUUUGUGGCUGGUCAGGAAAAGAAGUUUGCUGCAUUAUUGAAUAGUUUGAUUUUAACUAAAUGUUUUAGGUGUAAACUUUGGGAAAACUCUCUUUAUGUAUCCAAACAACUAGAAAAAAUCGGUAUAACAUUGUCAAAUGCCAUGGUAAAUGCAGGUUUGACAUCCUUUAAGAAAAUAGAAGAAACAGAUGCAAGGGAACUUGAACUGAUUUUAAACAGAUAUCCCCCUUUUGGGACCCAGAUAAAAGAAGCUGUGAUAUAUCUGCCAAAAUAUGAACUUGAAGUAGAACAGAUUGCAAGAUAUAGUGAUACCAAGGCAGAAAUAUUGGUGACUGUUAUAUUAAGAAACUUUGAACAGCUACGGAUUAAAAGAACGACACCAAAUUCUCACUAUACUACCUUAAUCAUAGGUGAUGCAGAUAAUCAAGUGGUUUUUAAGCAAAAAAUUAUUGAUUCUGUUUUGCUAAAAGCUGGAAAUUGGAUGAAAAAGAUUGAUGUGAGGAGAGCUCUUAUAUCUGAAGAUCUUAGCAUAAAUCUAAUUAGCUCUGAUUUGGUUGGACUUGAUAUUCAGCAGAAAUUUACAGUCUUUUACUCAGGACCCAGGUGGUUUGGAAAUCAAAUCAUUGUACAAAGAAAAUCAGAAACAGAGAUUUCCCAUUCUAAAUAUCCAGAUAGAUCUACUGUAGCAGAACCUAAUAAAGGAAUAACUGCAUGCAAAAAACCUGGGAACAGAGAAUGCAAUCAUCGUUGUAAAAAUAAACAUAGAUGUGGACAUGAUUGCUGUAAAACUGGAAUUGCGCAGAAGUCAGAAAUUAAAGAGACAAUUUCUUCAUAUUUAUCUGAUUUAAGAAACAGGAAUGCUGUUUCAUCUCUUCCUCCAGUUAAACGUCUCAAGAUACAGAUGAAUAAAUCUCAAAGUGUGGACCUUAAAGAGUUUGGUUUUACUUCAAAGCCUUCCCUUCCCAGUAUAUCAAGGUCAGAAUAUUUGAACAUGUCUGAAUUGCCUAUAAUGGAGCAGGGGAAUCAACAUGAACUCUAUGGGAAAGUUCAAGAAGAACUAUCUGAAUAUCAAGGCAAAGAAGGUUUGCAUGUGAACUUUGAAUUGGGAGAUGAAGUCUGGGAGGAUUUUGAUGAUGAAAACUUAAUAGAAGUUACUAGCUCAACUGAUACUGAGAAGACAACGACAUCAGGAUUUGGAAACACUUUGAGUUCAAGUACCAGGGGAAGUAAGUUACCCCUCCAAAAGCCAAAGAGCAAAUUCCAAAGAGAAAUGUCAAACAGUUUUGUUUCAUCACAUGAAAAGCCAGAUACUUAUUUAUCAGAUUCUGCUAUGGACAAAUUCGGUUCAUCCUUCCUGACACAAUUAUCUGAACAAGCUGAAAAUGCAAAUACCGUCCAUUUACAAGAGAGAAAACAACAAAAUAUGUCACCAGUAAUUGAGAGGUUAUACUUUCCUCACUCCAAAAAAAAUCCAAAAUCUUCAAAUGUUAUGGAAGUGGAUUCUGUUAUUAGAAACAGCAACUCUAAAAAGAAAACUGAUUUUAGGUAUCAUCCUGAUGAUGAAGCUAAUGAAAUAAAGUCUUUUCUGGGAAUAUUUGAUGGUAUUUUCUAAAAAAACAAAAUUUUUUUCUAAUAAUAAGAUGAAGUAUGAAGACACCUAAUCACAAAGCAUGCUUUUUGUUUUUAAAAAGUAAUUCAUACUUGAGAAGACUUUUUCCCCUUAAAUUUGAUCAGAUUUGUUGAUUUUUUUUUUACAACAAAAUAUAUGGACUGUUUUAUUUUCCACUAUAUUGUAACUUCUUCUGUUUCAAUAAGCUUAUAAUUAAGUUACACUUAGAAGUAAUGUUUAGUUAUUAAUUGGAUUUUGACAGGAAUUAAUCUAUUUGCUGUAUAGAUUUCUUUACUACUGUGGUUCUCAUGUAUUUUGUUUUACUCUGUGCUGUUUUAAAUUUUUAAGAAUCCCGUGGCUGUUUAAACCUGUUGUUAUCUAAUUUUGAGCAUUAAUAAAUUAAAUAUUAUUAAUCAGUAUAAUAGUUGUUUUUGUUUAGCUUGUUUUUCAAUGUUGUAAAUUCUAAACAUUAUAUUGACUUUUACUAUAGCAAAAUGAUUCUUUGUAUUAUUUCCCAAUAAGUUAUAUCUCAAACUUAUUGAUUGAUAAGUAGCAUAUAGGCACUUUAUGCAAUGCUUAUUUCUAAUAUAUUUACUAUUAGACACCAUGUGAAUUUGAAGCCCAAUUAAGAAAUUUUUAAAAGUAUGUAUUUUUUCAAGCCUUAAAAAUCUUAGAGGAAAGAAAAGAAUAGAAACUUCCAGAUGAGUUGUUAUUGUUAGUAAACACUUAUGAGGCAUCAUAUGUAUUAGAUAAAAAGCUUAGAACAAAACUAAGAGGUAUUGUCUCAUGUUGAAAAAUAAGGACAACCAGUUCCUUUAUUUUAGUCCUCUUUACAAUUGGAAUGUUUCUUCAUCUCAAUCAAUCAUGUUACAACCUUUAAAUUUCUUAAGCAAGAUUAAAAUUAAAAAUUGAUCCACUAAUGACUAUUUAUCUUGCAUACAUAGACCUUGACACAAAGAAAUAGCAAUUUAAUUCAACAUGACUUAUUGUUAUCUGCUAAUUAAAAAACAUUGUACUUAGUACUGCAAAGGAUGAAGACAGUAUUUCUGCUCUCAUGGAACUUGCUUUACCUUCUUGUGAAGAGGUUAUGAUAUGUAAUAUGGUACAGGUGUACCUCCAACAUAUUGCAGGUUUGGUUCUGGACCACUAUAAUAAAGCUAAUAUUGCAAUAAAAUGA